AUGCGGGUCGCGACGUUCGAUUCCGAGCCGGAAGUUGCGGAGCUGUCGCUGGCGUUGGAGGAUGGCGUGACGAAGAACAGCAAGAAGGUCGCGACGAAGCUGGUGGAACGCGUGUUGAAAUUCCUAGAAAUGCCGUCGUCGGAGUCGGAUGUGCUUAAAGAGGAAGUGCAGCGGGAUCUGCUUGUAGCGGAGAAGGAGGAGCGGUGGAUGGACGUAGAUAAGCUAACGGAGUUAAAAACGCUCGUCAGCCUUGCGAGUAUUUCCAGUGAAGCGCCGAUCACGCAGACGUUUUCCCGCCUCGCGCUGCGGCUCCGGGAGGAGCUCGGGAUGGCGGUUCCGGAUAACUUUAAGUGCGCGAUGACGGGCGAGGUGAUGCGAGAUCCGGUUACCCUGGUCGAAACUGGCGACACGUACAAUCGCAACGCGAUCGAAAACUUUUUCGCGAAGGGGAAGCGCGUGUGUCCCAAGUCCGGGAAGCACCUCAAAAGCGUGGAGCUGGUGUGUAACGUGGAGAUCCGGAAGGGCAUAGAGGAGAGUUACGACGCACUGAACCGAAAGACGCUGGACGAAGCGUCGCGCACAUUAAGAGACGGCAUGGAGCAACGAGCAGCGGAGGCCGCGGCGGCGGCGGAAGCGCGAGCUGCCGCGCUGGCCGCGGGGGGGGAAGCUGCGGAGGCGAUUCUGGCGGAGGAAGCGGCAAAGGCGGAGGAGGAGCGGAAGAAAGAGGAGGAGAAAAAAGCGGCGGCGAAAAAGAAAAAGAAAGGCCCGGAGCCGCCGCCGAAGGAGGAGCCGAAGGAGGCGAGCGGAGGGGAGAGGGAGGAGGAGGCGGUGGAGGCGAUGCAGCAGCUGUCGUCGCAGGAUAAGAAGUACGCCGCGCAGCUCGCGGAGAUUGGUGCAGUGGUGCCGCUGGUGCGGCUGGUGACAGAGAGAGGCGCGGGGCCGGUGCGGGAGGGCACGGUGACGGUGUUGAGGAACAUUGCCAGCCUGGGAGAGGCAGAAGCCACGUCCAUAUCAGACGCGGGGGGCAUUCCCCCCAUGAUCCACCUCAUCACGCACGAUACAGCCGACGUGACGCCAGCCAUCCAGGUGAUCCUAGAGCUCUCGCGCUUCCCGGCGCUGCGGGGGGCGGUGACUGACGCGAUGGGGGUGGUGGAGAUGAUAAAGCUGCUCAACUGGCACCAGGAGGACGAGAAGGGCGCGCUGCUGGAGGCCGUGCUGGAGACGUACUGGCGCGACGACCCCUACGUCGCCAUUCAGAUGGCGUCCGUUGGCAUGUUCAAGCCGCUCGUUGUGCUGCUCGAACCAGAGAGCGACAUGGAAACCCGAAUGACGAUGGCAGACGGGGUCAUGACGUGGGGAGUCAACAAGGCCCACCGCGUCUCCCUCGUGCAGUGCGGGGUGCUGCCGCCUCUCGUCGCCCUGCUCAACGACGGGCCCCCAGAGGGCAAGGCGGCCGCUGCUCGAGCCAUAGAGCACCUCUCCCACACCGAUCUCAACCGCAUGGCUCUGGCCAAGGCAGGCGUGAUCCCUGCGCUCGUUAAAGCCCUUGCUCGCGGGUCUGCAGAAGUGAAGAAUGCCGCGCAGGCGACCCUGGCGAAUCUGGCAAUGGACGACCAGGAUUUGGACGCGCUGGACGAGGACGGGACGGCCGUUAGAUUGAUCACGAUGCUGCGGGCGGGCCCGCAGACGAACCGGGACUACGCGGUGAGGACUCUGGAGUGCAUGGCGAAGGAGAGCAAGUCCAUGCGGGCUGCGGUGAUGGAGGAUGACGGUGCGGUUACCGCCAUUUUCGAGGUGUUACAGGAGAGCGCGUCGCACUUUGCGGCGGGGAGCUUGCGGUCGUCGGCGCUGCUGCUGCUGGGGCACCUGUGCCAGGAGCACAACGCUGCCGAAAUGAUGUGCGCUCCCCCAGAAGUAGUCAAGACUCUCGCCACGCUCCUCGCACGGCCACUCCCUGGGGAGGAGCGGGAGGCGAUAGUGAUUGUGCUUGGGACAAUGGCGGGGAACAAGCAGAUGCGGCCACUGGUUCGGGUUGAAGAGCAGGUGUUCACUCUCAUGCACAAGUUCCUGAAUUUGAACCCGGGGGCGGGGCCCACCUCGUCGUCAGGUCCGGGGAGCUCCAAUGCUGCGAGCUCGGCUCGGUUGCAAGAGGCGAUCCUGUCUGGCUUGUCGAAGCUCGCCGAUCCGGAUGAUAUAGAAGCGCAGCAGAUAGUGGCUCGGCUGGGGGUGAUUCAUCUGGCCGUGCAUUAUCUCAAGAUGGGGCCAGAUGUCAUGCGGAUCCCCUCUGCUGUGCUUCUUGGGAACCUCUCGCAUUCAACUCCAAAGCUGGUUGACCAAACUUCGCUCGACCGCAGGCUCGGUAAGGCCAUGACCUGGAAGCUCAACUUCUCCCGGUCCAACUCGCGAGCCUCGGCGAGCACCGGCGGGACAGGCUCGGGAGCCAGCCCUGUGACAACGGGAACAGACAAACUCCGAUCCUGCAAGGUGCACGGCGGGAAAUGCAGCCUGGAAUCCACCUUCUGCCUCGUCGAAGGCGACAUCGUCCCGAUCCUACUAGAGCUGGUUCGACGGAGCGAGAAUCGGGUAGCCGAGGUCUGCCUAGCCUCGGUGGCGACCCUGUUAGCAGACGAAGGGGACCACGAGCGAGCAGCAGACCUCUUAGUCAAACUAGACGUGAUCGAAGCGGCAGCGGGGGUGGUGGGGCGGACCAAGGAGUUGACCAAGUGGGCGGUGUAUAUCCUGGAGAAGGUGUUUGCAAUUAAGAAGUACCGGGCGCCCAAGUACUCCCAGCCUGCAGUGACGGCGCUGGGGCGGUUCAUGACGACAGCCACGGGGCAGGGCAGGAAGACGGCCGCUGAGACGCUCAUGAGGGCAGGAAGGCGGCAGCAGGAGAAGAGAAGGUCUCCUGCUGAGUAUGCUGUGCAGGAGGUUGUCAGAUCUGUGGGUCGGUCAGAGCUGUUGCGCGCAGGGGGAGCGGGAGAAGGGGGAGCGGAGGCGGAGACGGAGGCGGAGACGGAGGCGGAAGCGGAAGCGGGGAAAGAAGAGGCGGAAGAGGGGGAGACGGCGAGCGAGGAGGGACUGUUGAAGCAGAGAACGAGGAGGAAGGAAGCCAAGUCGAAGCUUCCUAGAGACACAUACGAGGACGGCAAUAACGAGAACGAGGAGGAGGGAGGAGGGGAUGGAGCGAGGGGCAGUGCACGAGAAAGGGGAAAAGGGGUUGCUGGUGGGAGGGGGGCUGAUGGUGAGGAUAGUGAGGAGGGAGAGAGUGAGGAAAGAGAGAGUGAGGAGGAGGGAAAGAGGAGGGCUGCAGAUAAGAAGCGGCGGACUGAAGGGUUCGAUUAUGACGAUGGGGUGGAGCAUAAGGGCGGUGAGGAUGAUGAUGAUGGUCGAGAGGAGAGGAGACGAGAGGAGGGGAUUAACGAGGAGGGGGUUGGCACGGAGGAGACUAACAAGGAGGGGAGUAAGGAGGAGAGGAAAGGGGGAAGCAGGGAGGGGUUUGAUUAUGACGAUGGGGUGGGGGAUGGGAGCGGUGAUGGGGGUGAGGGAAAGGGGAGUAAGAGGAAUGGUGAUGAUGAUGAUGACGGUGAUGGUGAUGGUGGUGAGUUGGAGGAGAGGACGAAAGAAGAGGGUCAGAAGAGGAUGAAGAGGAGUGCAGUGCGGUACGAUGAGGAGGAGGAGGAGGGUGAGGAGGGGGGGGGAGAAGAAGGGGUGGAGAGUGGGGGAGGGAAAGCGAAAGGGAUGCUGAAGGGUGGUGAGAGUGACGUAGGUGCAAGGGAAGAGGAGGAGGAGGAAGAGGAAAAGGGGAAGAGUUUGGAGUCGGCUCAACAGCCAUCUAAUAAACGUAAGGGUGUUGAGAGUGAUCCUGGGGCAGAUGACGAGGAAGAUGAGGAGGAGAAGGAAGGAAAGAGGCAGGGUGUCAAAAAGGGGACAGAGAAAGGUGCUUCUGGGGAGGAAAACGAGGAGGAAGGACAGGAGAAAGCACGGGAGCGGGAAGAGGAGGAGGAGGAGGAGGGGGAUGAGGAGGGGGAAGGAGAGGCGCCGACAAAAGCACGUAAGCGGCAGGAGGGGGAGGAGGAGAGGGAGGAGGAAGGAGGGGCGCCGGCACUGGUGCCAGUAUAUGAAACCAUCCACGGCAGGGAGGUGGUGUGGCAGGUGCCACGUGGCGACCUGCCAUUGGCAGGAGUGGUGUUCUUUGCACACGGGUGCACGCACCGAGCCACGCACUUCUGGCCGCCCCACCGUGCCUGCCCGUCCUGCCUGGGCCUGCCUGAAGACAUGGCGCUCGUGCAGCAUGCUCUCAAGAGGAGACUUGCAGUGAUUGCUGUUUCCAGGUUCUCACCUGCACUACCUGGAAGGAACCGCCCCUCACGCUCCCUCACCUUGCUCCCUCACCUUGCUCCCUCACCUUGCUCCCUCACCGUCCUCCCUCACCGUCCUCCCUCGCCCCCAUGUAAUCGAGGUUCUCACCUGCACUACCUGGAAGGAGCCCCCCCUCACGCUCCCUCACCUUCCUCCCUCGCCCUCCCUUCCGGCCUUCCCCCCCUCCCCCACCCUCAUCCCCCAGCCUUUCCACCUGUUGGGAUACCUCCUUUCCACCCAAUCGUUCCCUUGACAUUCCCCCAUUCGUCCAGCCUUUCCACCUGUUGGGAUACCUCCUUUCCACCCAAUCGCUCCGUUGACAUUCCCCCAGUCGUCCAGGUUCUCACCUCCUGGCGCCAGCAACUGCUGCUCACUCUUCCCCACCUUUCCCCCUCACCCUCUCUGUCCCUCCCCUUUCGUCCGCUUUCCCCCCUUCCCCCUUCCCUCUCCAUUCCCCUCCCCCCCUCAACCCCCAGUCUUUCCACUUGUUGGGAUACCUCAUUCCCACCCGAACGUUCCCUUGACAUUCCCCCAGUAGUCCAGCCUGUCCACCUGUUGGGAUACGUUCUUCCCACCCGACCGUUCCCUGGACAUUCCCCCGGUCGUCCAGGUUCUCACCACCUGGCGCCAGCAGCACCAACUGCCACUCACUCUACCCAACUUCCCCCCUCAACCUCCCUUCCCCUACCCGCUGCCCUUACACCCCCACCCCCCAGCCUAUCCACCUGUUGGGAUACCUCCUUCCCACCCGAACGCUCCCUGGACAUUCCUCCAGUGGUACAAGUUCUCACCACCUGGCGCCAGCAGCACCACCUGCGCACCCUCCCUCUCUUCGCACUGGGUGCCUCUUCUGGCGGUUACUUCAUUUCAUUACUAGCACACUCCAUUGACCUGCAAGCCCUCGCUAUAAUCAUCUCCAGUGGAGUCAAAAAGGCGUUUGACUCGCCGCUGCCUUCCGGGCGGCAGUUCCCGCCGACCCUUUUCGUCCACAUGCCAAAAGACGAGCAGCGUGCCGAGGCGGUCGAACGGGCGGUCGAAAUUCUCCGAUCGAAAGGCUCCGAGGCUGGGCAGAUCCCGUGCCUGGAGAAGAGGCUCGGGCCGAGCUUCCUGUCGGACCGGAUACCGAACCUAACCCCGGCAGCUUCGGAGAGGAUUUUUCAGGCGUUGAAGCAGGGAGGAGUGGUGGGGGAGGAUGGGAGGAUGGUGAGGGAUGGCAGGCGGUCGGGAUGGAUUGCUGUGUUGCAGAAAGAGGGGGUGAUGGAGGAACUAGAACGGGGGAGUAAGUACUCCAGGGCAGGGGAAGGAACAGGAGGAGAAGGAGGAGGAGAGGGGGAUGAGGAAGAGGAAGGUGCAGGUGGAGGGGAGGAAAGCGAUGACGAGCGAGCACGGGCAUUCCAUGAUGGACUGGCUUCUGGGGAAGUGUGGCGGCAGCAGCAGCAGCAGUGGGAGUAG